AUGCCCGGCAACGGCCUGCACCGGGCGCUGAAGAUCCAGUUCGGCCUCCUCAACGACGCCGACCGCUACCUGACAGCCGAGAGCUUCGGCUUCAAGGUCAACGCCUCGGCGCCAGGCCUCAAGAGGAAGCAGACGUGGGUGCUGGAGCCCAGCCCGGGGCAGGGCCCGGCCGUGCUGCUCCGCAGCAGCCACCUGGGGCGCUACCUGUCAGCCGGGGAGGACGGGCGCGUGGCCUGCGAGGCGGAGCGGCCGGGCCGGGACUGCCGCUUCCUGGUCCUGCCGCAGCCGGACGGGCGCUGGGCGCUGCGGUCGGAGCCCCACGGGCGCUUCUUCGGCGGCGCGGAGGACCGGCUGUCCUGCUUCGCCACGGCCAUCUCCGCGGCCGAGCUGUGGACCGUGCACCUGGCCAUCCACCCGCAGGCGCACCUGCGGAGCGAGAGCCGGCGGCGCUACGCGCACCUGUGCCCCCAGGGCGACGAGAUGGUGGCGGACAGCGAUGCGCCCUGGGGCGUGGGCGCGCUGGUCACCCUCGCCUUCCGGGACCGGCGCUACUGCCUGCGCUGCUGCGACGGCCGCUUCCUGCGCCAGGACGGCCGGCUGGUGCGGGAGCCCGAGGCCCGCGCCUGCUACACCCUGGAGCUCAAGGCCGGCAAGCUGGCCCUCAAGGACUGCGACGGCCACUACCUGGCGCCCGUGGGGCCCGCCGGCACGCUCAGGGCCGGGCGCAACACCCGGCCCGGCAAGGACGAGCUGUUCGCGCUGGAGGAGAGCCCCCCGCAGGUGGCGCUGCUGGCCGCCAACCGCCGCUACGUGUCCGUGCGCCAAGGGGUCAACGUCUCCGCCAACCAAGACGAGGAGCUGGAUUGCGAGACCUUCAUGAUGCAGAUGGACCCGGACACCGGGCGGUGCGCCUUCUACUCCAGCACUGGGGCCUACUGGGCGCUGGUCACCCAUGGGGGCAUCCAGGCCACAGCCACACAGGUGUCAGCCAGCACCAUGUUUGAGGUGGAGUGGCGGGGCCGGCGCGUGGCCCUCAAGGCCAGCAACGGCCGCUACGUGUGCAUGAAGAGGAACGGGCAGCUGGCUGCGGUCAGCGACUUCGUGGGCGGGGCCCCGGACCCCAGGCGGUGGCAGGGCGCCCAGCCCCCUCUCCCGCCAGGGGAGGGCGAGGAGUUCACCCUGAAGCUCGUCAACCGGCCGGGGCUCGUGCUGCGCGGCCUGGACGGCUUCGUGCGCCAGCGCCGGGGCUCGGCGCAGCUGGACACCAACCGCUCGGCCUACGACGUCUUCGCCCUGAGCUUCAGCGACGGCGCCUACCAGAUCCGCGGCGGCGGCGGCUUCUGGCGCACGGGCGGCCACGGCGCGGUGCGCAGCGACGGCGAGCGCGGCGAGGACUUCGUCCUGGAGCUCCGGGCGCGCGGCCGCCUGGCCAUCCGCGCGCGCUGCGGCCGCUACCUGCGCGGCGACGCCUCGGGGCUGCUGCGCGCCGACGCCCCCGCGCCCGCCGGGGCCGCGCUCUGGGAGUUCUGA